UGGCGCUGGGUGGCACUAUUGAACGAGCUGAGCAGAUAUUUCCGUUCUUCAACGAUUCCUGCCGAUUAGGCAGGUUACGUUCACAUGUGAAGUCUACAAGGCACGCUGGCACUUUGGUACUAGUGCAUCCCGAUUGGUACCUGGGUUGGCUUUCUUUCAGGCCGAGCUGACUUGCCGACAUCCGUGCCUUGGACAGAAUGGGUGUGUAUGGUUGUGUUGGAUGAAUACACGUACCUAGGUACAUAUGUACCCACCCUAUCGGGUGAAUACCUAGGUACGUAUAUCCUGCCAUGUCUCCAGGAUUUUUAGACGGCACAAAUACCAUCUCGCUGAACAUCAAUGUGGCCGAGAGAAUGUUCAUCAUCUCGUCAGCUCAAGGAGGCAUUCAGAGUUUUCAUGCUUGCAGUUAUUUGAUGGCCCUCUGAGUCUUUCCCUUUGCUUCUGCCAGGAGUUGGCCUUGCUUCAUCAUCAUGACGAAGAGAGACAAGAAGCCGUCAACUAAUCCGCCAAAGGAUGAUGGCCCGAAAAAGACGACCAAGCCGAUCACCAAGAACACUAUCAAGCUGGUUUCUCUACAACCCGACAAGCGGAAUACCAAGAAGAACACCAAGCAGACCAACAAGCGUAACAACAACCAGACCAUCAAUCAGAACCACAGUCAGCCCACCAGACGAAACAGACCACCUGCUGGAUCAGCGAGAGGUAAUGCGAAGAAAAAUGGCACAAAGAAAUUUAACUACCUUGUCGAAGAGUUGGAAUUGCCUGAUGGCAAAACGUACUUGGAGCUUGCGACAAGCCCCCCAGACACUGACGAACUCGGAGGAGGGGAGCAGACAUUCGAAUUUCAAGGUUUGUCCCAGUAA